CAAAGUGAAAACGUCAAGGAUCUGGACAUUUUGUUCUGCGAUCGAAAUCCUUGCAAACGAAAAAUACAAUUUUUGGCCGUGUUCUUAUCAAUCUACAAUCGAGUGCGAAACCGCCGCAUUGCUAGCAGAUAGCCCCAAACAAUGCUGCGCGUACCAGUUAGUCGGGCCCUUACCUUCGGGGCCCGGUUCCCAGUGCAGACGAUAGUGCGCACGUCGGCCACUACACCGGCCAAGGUGCCGGAAAAGAUUGAAGUUUUCGUGGAUGAUCAAUCCGUGAUGGUGGACCCGGGCACUACCGUCCUGCAGGCUGCGGCACAAGUUGGUGUGGAGAUACCGCGCUUCUGCUAUCACGAGCGUCUGGCUGUUGCCGGUAACUGUCGCAUGUGUUUGGUGGAGGUAGAAAAAUCACCUAAACCAGUCGCUGCGUGUGCAAUGCCGGUGAUGAAGGGCUGGCGUAUUAAGACGAACUCAGAAAUGACGCGCAAAGCACGAGAGGGCGUAAUGGAGUUUUUGCUGAUGAACCAUCCGCUCGAUUGUCCCAUCUGUGACCAGGGUGGUGAAUGUGAUCUACAGGACCAAGCAAUGGCAUUUGGCUCGGAUCGAUCGCGCUUUACAGAUAUUCACCAUACCGGCAAACGAGCGGUCGAGGACAAGGACAUUGGUCCGCUGAUUAAGACCAUCAUGACCCGGUGCAUUCACUGUACGCGUUGCAUCCGGUUCGCGUCGGAAGUGGCCGGUGUCGAUGAUCUCGGCACGACGGGUCGCGGUAACGACAUGCAGAUUGGUACAUACGUGGAAAAGUUCUUCCUUUCCGAGCUGUCCGGAAACGUGAUUGAUCUGUGCCCGGUCGGUGCACUUACAAACAAACCGUACAGCUUUGUGGCACGUCCGUGGGAAAUUCGCAAAAUUGAAUCGAUCGAUGUGUUGGACGCGGUCGGUAGCAAUAUUGUGGUGAGUACGCGUACCGGCGAGGUGUUGCGUAUAUUGCCGCGUGAAAAUGACGAAAUCAAUGAGGAGUGGCUGUCGGACAAAUCGCGUUUCGCUUGCGAUGGUUUGAAACGCCAGCGGUUGAUUGCACCGAUGCUGCGGAAUCCGAGCGGAGAACUGGAACCCGUCGAGUGGGAAUCGGCGUUGAUUACGAUCGCGCAGGCGUUGCGUGGAGCACCUAAGGGCAAGGUGGCCGCUGUUGCUGGCGGGCUGGUUGAUGCAGAAUCGCUUGUUGCGUUGAAGGAUUUGCUGAAUCGGUUGGGUUCGGAAACGCUCUGCACUGAGCAAAAGUUCCCCACUGACGGAUCGGGCACGGACUUCCGUUCGAGCUAUCUGCUCAACUCUUCGAUCGCUGCUUGCGAGGAAGCGGAUCUCGUACUGCUUGUCGGUACGAAUCCCCGCUAUGAAGCACCACUUCUGAACACCCGUCUGAGGAAGGGAUACAUCCAUAACGAUCAAAACAUUGCACUGAUUGGACCGAAGGUCAAUCUUUCCUACGAGUAUGAGCAUCUUGGAAGCGAUACCUCGCUGGUUCGCGAUAUUGCAAAUGGACACCAUCCAUUCGCCAAGAAGCUGAAGGAAGCUAAGAAGCCUCUAAUCAUCGUCGGUGCCAAUCAACUUGCCCGAAAGGAUGGUUUGUCCUUCCUUACUGCACUCCACGUAUUCGCUAACUCGUUGUCACCAUCAGACAAAAACUGGAAGGUAUGGAACGUGCUGCAGACGAACGCAGCUCAAACGGCCGCUCUGGACGUUGGCUACACGGCAGGCGUCGAUGCUGCCGUAGAGAUGCAACCGAAGGUCCUGUUCCUGUUGGGCGCUGACGGCGGCAUGGUCGAUAAGGAAAAGUUACCGAAGGAUUGUUUCAUUGUGUACCAGGGACAUCAUGGUGACGCCGGCGCACAGCUGGCCCAUGCUAUUCUGCCCGGUGCCGCCUACACUGAGAAACAGGGCACGUACGUCAACACGGAAGGCCGUGCCCAGCAGACGCUGGUAGCCGUCACGCCACCAGGAUUGGCGCGCGAGGACUGGAAGAUUUUGCGUGCCCUUUCCGAGGUAGCCGGAGCUCCGCUGCCGUACGAUAACCUGGAGGAUCUGCGUUCGCGCAUGGAAGAUAUUGCACCUCAUCUGGUGCGCUACGGCCGACUGGAGGCGUCCAAUUUCUUUGCCACCGCGGACGCAUUGCUAAAGAACGCUUCGGUGCACUUCGACAGUGGCAAGGUGGAUGUGGUGCAGAAAAAGUUGGCCGACUUCUUCAUGACCGAUCCGAUUACGCGCGCAUCGCCCACAAUGGCUAAAUGCGUGACGGCUGCGAAGAAGCAGUUGCAAGCGAAUUAAAGUUUAACAUUUGCAAGCAUAACACUGUGACGAAGUCUGCGUUUCCUUGUUGCUGUUCCAGGUGCUUCUACCCGAACUCUUCGUGAUGCUACGACGUGAAAUGGUGAGUGGCUAGAGACAUUGUGAGUCGCGUUCGUAGUUUGUGGAGUUUAGCUGUUUGGGUGGCGUUAGUUGGUGAACUUUCAGUCGUACUGCUAUGCUACUGAUGCCUGGUGAUUGUUCGAGUCAACUUAUCAUUUUACAAGGUUAUAUUGACUGUUCUGUACAUUAUUCGAUUAUGUCCUGUUGGAGAGCCUCAUCAAUGGUUGAAUAUUAUGUAGACAGUUUUUCUCCGUUCCCUAUUUCAAUAUGGAUAUGUGUUUUUUUUAAUUCAAUUCUUGUCACCUUUUAAAAGGAAGCUAUAGACAAAGUUUGAGUCUGUUUGUUGUUUAAUCGUUCCCAUUUUUUCCUUUUUGUUCACUAAUAGAUCAUUUAUUCGCAGAUGAUAUGGACGAGUAUAACAUUAGGAAUCAGUUUCUGAUUCCCGGCCGACAACAAAGUAACGAACGGAUACGAAGUACUGAGAGUAGUGAACAGCUAGGGUUUUGUAUCGUUAUGCAUAAAGAUGCAAAGUAUUUCUUGUAAUCAGAAUAAAACAUGUCCAUCUCUUAGGGAAAUUCAAAUUGUUGCUUUUUUCCUUUUACAUAAAAUAUGAAAGAUAAAUACUUUGGACACUAUACGCUUUUCCUUUGCACAUAUUGAAAGUGUUUGUAUAAUUUAUUUCAACAAUGGAUACAUUCGUCUUUCUAGCUACUCAUAUUACCACCGUUCUUGCUCACGCUUAGAAGCAUCUUAAGGUCAUAGACAGGACAGUUAGUGAGUGUAGCAGAACUUGAAGCAAUGCAAAAAUAUCAAAAAACCAAUUCCAACAAUCAGUU